GAGAUUAACAAGGCGACACUCCAUCUUAACUCCUUCUCCACAUUUAUUGGAUUGGUUGAACAGUGCUGAAGAGAACCUCCCCUGACCGUUUUUUUUUCUCGUCAAGGACUAGUUUAAUGCGUUUCUUUUACGCCUGUUACGUUAGGUUAAUGUUUUACACGUUUGGAGAUGAAAGUACAGCACAGUAGAGCUCAGUAGAGUACAGUACACUACAGCAAAGCACAGAACAGUAGAGUCGCGUAUAGUUCAGUUCAGUACAGAAUAGUACAGUACAGUACAAUACAGUUUAUUAUACUGUACUCAACACUAGUGUGCUCUACUGUACUGUACUGAACUCUAGUCUACUCUACUGUACAGUACAGGAGUGCACUGUACUGAACUAUAGUCUACUAAAAACAUUGUUUUACUUUACUGUACAGUGCUCUACUGUGCUGUCCAAACUUGUGAAACAUAGACGUCUAUGAUUGGUCCAGAUUUGGUCCGUUCCAGACUGGACCAUAAAAACAAAGUUUGUGGACGUUGAAAUCAAGGCCAGGGCGGACUGACCAAAUUUCAACUACUUUUCAACUUCCAUGGACAUCCGGUGUUGGUCAGUGCUCAGUGGAUAACUCUAGUGACCACAGACCUGAAGGUCACCUGACUGUGGCAGAGUUUCAGCCAUACAGGAAGAAUCUCCUACUGAAUGAUAAUGAAAUUGAGGAGAGCCAUGUCAACAUUGUGGUCAUUGAUGAGCUCCGUGAGAAGCUUGGUCCUGCUAUGAUGCACAUCUGGAAGCAGCAGGUGAUCGAGAUAGGAGCAGACGGGGUUGGGGCGUUCCAGCACGAGAGAGUCUGUUGGCUGCAGAUUGCCACUAAGAACAAGGUGUACCUCUUUGACAUCCUGAUGCUUGAAGCCCGGGCCUUCAAUAACAGCCUGUCCAUGAUCCUGGAAAAUAACCACCUAGUAAAGGUCACCUAUAGCUGCCAGAGGAUUGCCGGAUGUCUGAGGGCUCAGUUUGGAGUAAAUCUCAGCAACGUCUUUGACACGCAGGUGGCAGAUAUCAUGUGCUUCUAUACAGAGACAGGUGGCUUCCUGCCAGACAGGAGCAGUGUUCUGGAGCUGCCUAGGGAGCUGCGGGAGUUGAAGCACAUGCGGCAGGAGUGGGCCAUCGACCGUUACCCUGUCACUGAGCAGGGCCUGCUGGAGCGCUCCAACCCUAGACCCCUACCCCCAUCACAGGAUGGGCAGGGCCAGAACACAGCCACCCAAAGACAACCUGACCCCCCUGUCCCCACAGCAGAAGAGCCUGUAGUCCCAGGACCAGUACCAGGGCUGCAGGCCCCUGCAGAGCAGAGACCCCCUGUCCCAGCAAUACCCGUGGGCAUCUGACCUCCAUGCUAUGCCCAGUGCCCUGACCCCAGAGGUCUAGCAGAGCUCCAGGAAACAGCCAUCUGGAGUCGUCAGCCAGCAGCUCUAUCAGGAUCAGGAGAACCAGGACUCAUGGAGAUAGUGAUGGACACAAUGGCAGGCAGAGGGAGGUCUCUGAUGAAAGAUCCAGCACCACCAACCCUCCCUGCCUUCCUCUCCUUGGGAAGAGGCCUGGUUUUCCCGAUACCAGCAGCCCAGGUCCCCAAGGAGAACCCCAGGGUCCUAAAGACCCAGGCCCCAGUGGGGAGGGUGGAGGUGCCUGUCCCCCCAGGCCCAAGACUCAGCCCAGUACAGUGAGCUGUGCCCCAGCAGGCUUCCCUUUCUCCUGCCAUGCUUGAAAACAUCCCUGGGGCAGAGAGAGGCCUCUUCAUCCAGUAACCCCAAGGUCUCACCUCUCCCCUCAGUCUCUCCUUAAUUUCCUUUAGAAAGACUUAAGAGGACCACCUAUGAUUGUGAAGGGUUGGUUGAAAAUUACUUUUGUAAUUGUUUAUUCUACAAAGACCACUAGAUGGCAGUAAAUUGUCAAUUUUGUUUGCAAUAUAAAUUGCAUCAAUGUUUGGGGGGAAACAGUAGUGUUUCAGUUAAAUGGUUUUCUAUUUCAAAUGGAAAAAUGACAGUAGAUUCACAUCAAAUUAAAAUUGGAUGAGUGAUAUUUUGAUAAUUCUGUAUCAUGGCGUCUAGUUCACCUCAUUUGAGUACAUUUUUUUUGUUUAUUCAAAUUGCUGUUCACACUUGUUACAAAUUUAAAUGAACCACCAGUUCAGUACUAUGCUUAUUGUGAUUCUGUGUUUCUCUCUUUCUGGCCUGAUUUGCGUGAGUAAUGGUACAUUCUGAAUAUGUUAAGUGCAGUCAUUUCACUUGGUAAUAGGGUCCUCAGCGUACAGUGAUAUUCUGCUGGGUUACAGCCCAAUAAUGUCGAACUAAUUCCUUUGAUAUGACUACAUGCAGUGGUACUACACCCAUCAAUGCAUACCAGCCAUCUAGGAAGACCAUAUAUGCAGCACUGGCAGAAUUAUCAUUCUACAUGUUUCUUCAAAGGAAACCUCAUCAGUUAAUUGUGGAAAUAAAACUCAUUUUUAUGGUGUUAA